AUGUACUCUCACUCUACCAUCUGGGUCAAGUUUUCAGGUCUUCAGGUUGAAAUGUGGGUGGAGAAGACGCUGUUAGCUUUGGGAAAAUCUUUUGGAACUCCUAUUGUGGUUGAUAAGAGAACCCUAAACCAUGAGUAUGGGCAUUACGCCUCAGUCCUGAUUGAUAUUGAUUUUGCAAAGCUUAAUACAAAUUAUGUUUAUGUUGAAGCUGGUGGGCGCAAUUUUUUGCAACCAUUUGAAAUCUUGAAAAGGCCGAAAUACCGUUUUAAGUGCAAAAUAGUUUGUCAUCUAGACUUAGAGUGCAGAAAGAAGCAUGUUACUUCAGUUAAUACGCCACCCGCUACUGCCAGUACGUCGCAGCAAUCUAAUGCUCUAGUUAUCCACCAGGGUGACACUAAUACAGCAUGGAAAGUUUCAGGUCAAAAGAAGAAUGGUAAAAAAAAUCGAAAGGGAACAGUUGAUAACAAUGUACAGCCUGCUACUGAUUCUGUUUUAUCUUUGUCUACACCGGUGUGUGAUGCUCUUGAAGAAAGUUCGGAAUAUAUCUCUCAUAACAAAUUCAAUAUUCUGGGAUCAGUUGGUGAGACUUUGAAUAACCCUCUUUUGGAGAUUAAUAAGGUUGAUGAAGUAGCUAAACGUGUUAAGCAGCAGCAGUUGAUAGCUCUUCAAGAAAAAAUUGAUACUUUGAGAGAUAAUGAUUCCAUGUCGGUCUCGGAAGAAUCUGAAUUGGAAGUUCGUGCUCGAAAGGGUUCUUCACCAAGACUAAAAUCCUCCUCAAAUACUUCUCAUCAAGUAAAGCUAUCUAAAACUCAAACCCCUAAUGUUUAA